ACAUGGCGGCUGACAGUGAUCCUGAAUCUGAAGUGUUCGAGAUCACUGACUUCACUACAGCCUCAGAAUGGGAGAGGUUUAUUUCAAAAGUGGAAGAAGUCUUGAAUGAUUGGAAACUAAUUGGAGAGUCUGCUAAGAAGACCCCAGAGAAGGGAGAGUAUACCAAUGGAGUGUGGGAAGAGAAAGGAGAGGACAUUUCAUUUGCAGACUUCAAAUUCGGUAUCAAGCACCACUAUUUGGUACAGGAGUCCGCUGAAAAGGAAGAGAAGGAAGAUGGAGGAGAAGAUUCCCUACCUGUGUGCAUGCAAGAUCUUCUGUGCACGAACAAUGACUUCCCCGCAAUUGCUCAUUGCCUGGUCCGAUGGUACGGUCUCCGCGAAUUCGUAGUCAUAUCUCCAGCGGCUAACGACGCCGUCAUAAGCGAGUCCAAGUGCAAUCUCCUUCUGAGCUCUGUGUCUAUAGCUCUGGGGAACACUGGAUGCCAAGUUCCAGUCUUUGUGCAGAUUCAUCAGAAGUGGAGGAAACUUUACGUGGGCGAGUGUCAGGGGCCGGGAGUGCGGACGGACUUCGAGAUGGUCCAUUUAAGGAAAGUGCCCAAUCAGUACACGCACUUGUCGGGGCUCCUGGACAUCUUCAAAUCCAAAAUUGCUUGUCCCCUGACAUCCCUCCCGCCUGUGAGCAUUGCCAUCCGCUUCACAUAUAUUCUGCAGGAUUGGCAGGGUUACUUCUGGCCACAGCAACCUCCAGACAUUGAUGCUGUUAUCGGUGGAGAAGUUGGAGGCCUGGAAUUUGGAAAACUUCCUUUUGGUGCCUGUGAGGACCCGAUAAGUGAACUGCACUUAGCCACCACGUGGCCCUGUCUGACCGAAGGCAUUAUAGUGGAUAACGAUGUGUAUUCUGACUUGGAUCCUCUUCAAGCUCCUCAGUGGUCUGUCCGAGUCAGAAAAGCAGAUAACCCUCAGUGUAUGCUAGGUGAUUUUGUUACGGAGUUUUUCAAGCUUUGUCGGCGUAAAGAGUCAACUGAUGAACUCCUCGGGAAAUCUGCCUUUGAGGAGAAUGGAAGAGACACAGCUGAUAUCAGCCAGGCUCUAUCAAGGCUCACCGAGCCAGCACCGGUCCCUAUACACAAGCUGUCCGUCACCGGCAUGGUCAGCAGUGCCAGGAAGAAGAUCCGCAAACAUCGGGGCGCCGCCGAAUCCCCAUUAAGCAGCGACGUUCUAAACGCUGUUUUAUUUUUCCUGUUUCCAGAUGCAAAAUCACUGGAUGGAGAGCCAAAGCCCAGUGGAUCCACGGGAGACAUUGCAGCUCACACAGAGAGUGAGGAUUAUAAUCUGUACAGCCAGCUGAAAUCGGCACCGGCGGACAGCCUGACCUUCAAACUGGCUCUGUGCCUGUGCAUGGUAAACUUCUAUCAUGGAGGGGUGCGAGGUGUGGCGCAUUUGUGGCAGGAGUUCGUACUGGAGAUGCGCUAUCGGUGGGAGAACAAUUCUAUAAUUCCAGGGUUAAGUAGCGGCCCUCCAGAUCUUAAAUGUUGCUUACUUCACCAAAAGCUCCAGAUGCUGAACUGCUGCAUUGAGCGGAAGAAGUCACGGGAUGAUGCUAAGAAGGCAGAAUCCUCAGACAAGAACGCGUCAGCUUAUUCUAGAGAAUCUGAAAAGGGCAAGUAUGACGUGGGGAAGUCCUGGGACUCUUGGAGUGACAGCGAGGACGAAUUCUUUGAGUGUCACAGCGACACAGAGGAACUGAAAGAGGACGCAACUAGGAAACAGUCAGCUAAAGAGGCGGCACCGCUAAAACCUGACGGGCGCUUACAUCAGUUCGGAAACAUGACCUUAUUGAGUACAGCAGAGCCUCUCUACAUUCCGAUAACACAGGAGCCGGCACCUAUGACAGAAGACCUGCUUGAGGAGCAGUCCGAGGUUCUGGCCAAGCUGGGCACCUCUGCGGAAGGGGCGCACAUCCGGGCUCGCAUGCAGAGUGCCUGUCUGCUGUCUGAUAUGGAGUCUUUCAAGGCUGCAAACCCCGGCUGCUCUCUGGAGGACUUUGUGCGUUGGUACUCUCCCCGCGAUUACGUUGUAGAGGAAGUGAUGGAUGAAAGUGGCAACAAAGUCAUCAAGGGCGAGCUGAGCCCCCGAAUGAAAAUCCCCAACAACAUGUGGGUAGAAGCGUGGGAGACGGCCAAGCCGACGCCAGCUCGCAGGCAGAGGAGACUCUUCGAUGACACCAAAGAGGCAGAAAAAGUCCUCCACUACCUGGCAGUACAGAAGCCAGCAGACCUGACCCGCCAUCUUGUGCCGUGCAUCAUUCACGCCGCUCUUCUCAAGGUGAAAGAGGAAGAAAUAGUAGAAGACAUUCCUUCUGUGCAGGCCUCCAUAAAACGGAUCGUCUCCCAUGCCAGUAAAAUCCUGCGAUUCCCAAACCCCGAGGACAAGAAGAUGGAGGACAUCAUUAGCCAGAUUGCAAAUGUCGAGGCCACCAUAGCGAGAGCCCGGUCACUAAAAGAAAAGUUUGCCACAGAGCGUUGUGAAAACCCCGAGGAGAAGGAGGAUCUAGAGACGUUUGUCAGUUGUCUUCUGGAACAGCCUGAAGUGCCAAUCAUUGGAGCGGCCCGAGGGGUGGCCGGCACGAUCAUCCACAAGAUGUUUGUGAAUGCUCAGAGGCUGGCUGAAUCUUCUGAUGAGGCUGCAACCCUGGGCCCGCUGGAUGAAGAUCCCAAAAGGUCCAUCUUACCUGAAGACAGGAAGUUGAUGUCCGGAACGGAUUUCCCUCCCCCGGCAGGGCGUGAAAUCAUCCUGCGCGAUACAAUUCCGAGACCCGCCCCCUAUUCCAAGGCCCUGCCCCAACGCAUGUACAGUGUACUGACUAAGGACGACUUCAGACUAGCUGGAGCCUUCUCCUCCGAUACUUCCUUCUUCUGAAG